AUGGUGCGAAAAUCGAUCCUCGUUUACGAUCUGCUAAGAACCGAACAGCCGCAGCAGGGGUUCUCCGAGAAGGAGAUCGUCGAGCAGAUCAGCAACAGGCAUAACAUCACGGCAGGGAAAGGACUCAGGAGACAGGUGUCCGUGGCCCUUCGCAGGGGACUCGAUUUUGGGAUUCUCGCCAAAAAGAAGAAUCGAUUUAGAUUCGAUCCCGACAGUGCGAUGAUGAACAACGCGAGGCGGCAGGUUUCGUCGAGGAUAUCAAAACCGAAGCAGAAGAAGAGGAAGGAAAGAAGGUCAACGACGACGAAGCGGCGGAGUAACAGCUCGAGGAACAAGGACCGGAAGCAGAGUCGAACGGUACCGCAACCGCCGUUACCUAAAUCGUGGGCACCUGGUAGGAGGAACCUCGCCGAAGAACCCAUCCCCAAAGUCAAGAAGAUCUAA